UGCCUUUUUAGUUAUUUUCUGUUUUUACAUUUUGACAUUUUUCUAUUAACUAGAGAGUGGGUUAAAGAGAGAAUUAGGGACGUUAGACAAAAAGUUGAAGUAGAGUCAAAAUUUAAUAGGGUUGGCUUGUUUUUGGCUUCUUUUUUGGACUGUUUUCAACUGAUUUUUUUCAUUUUUUAAAUAUUUUCUUUUGUUUUAGACAUUUUAUUACACUUUUAGAUGGCUAAAGCUGAAAAUAACGAUUCUGAUGUAAAGCCUUCAUCUUCAAAUGAAGCAAGUUCGAUUUGGUCUCAACACGUUGCAGAUAAUGGACGAAUAUAUUUUUACAAUAAAGUGACAAAAGUUUCUUCUUGGACUAAACCUGAUGAAUUAAAGACAAGUGAAGAGAAGGAAAAAUCAGUUUGGAGGGAAUAUAAAACGCCAGAAGAAAAGACAUAUUAUUACAAUACUGUGACAAAGAUUACGACAUGGACAAAACCUGAAAUAUUAAAUGAAGUUAAAGAUGAGAAACCUGAACCAGCUCAAAAUACACCAAAUUCCGAAAUAGAGAAGGCAAUGGAAGCUACAUUAAUGGCUUUUGACGGAAAAUCUGAAGAUAAAAAGAAAAUUAAGGUUGAGGAACCGAAGAAAGAAGAGCCUGAGGAUGAGCAGGAAAUUAAUUUGAAGAAACGGCAAAUUGAAAUUUUUCGAGAAAUGCUUCAAGAAAAGGCUAACGACCGUCGUAUAAAUACAAACAUGAGUUGGGAACAAGCUAGUAAAUAUAUUCAACAUGAUGUUCGUUUUAAAAUAUUACCCAAAGUUUCCGAGAAAAAACAAAUUUUCAGUGCAUGGAAGAUUCAGAGAUCAAAAGAUGAAAGACAUGAACGAAGAACAGCAAUUAAAAAAGCUAAAGAAAAUUUGGAAGAAUGGUUAAUGUCAAAUGUAAGAAUGAAGCCAACCCUAAGAUAUCAUAAAGCUGAAAAAUAUUUUGCUGAUGAACAUUUAUGGAGAGCUGUAUCAGAUGUUGAAAGAAGAGAAAUUUUUGAUGAUGUUAAAAAAGCAAUAAUAAAAUUGGAUGCUGAACAGAAAAAAGUGACAAAAGAAAGAAAUAUAAAAACUUUGGGUGAUAUUUUGGAAGGAAUGGAUGCUAUAGAUCAUACAACAACUUGGGCACAAGCACAGAGAAUUUUGAUUGAAAAUCCGGAUUUUGCUAGAGAUACAAUUUUACAAGGUAUGGAUAAAGAAGAUGCUUUAAUUGUUUUUCAAAAUCAUAUAAAAUCUGCUGAAGGUCAUUAUUUAAAAGAAAAGCAAAAUGAAGCGCUUAGAAUAAAAAGAAGUGAACGCAAAACACGUGAACAAUUUAUUCAAUUUUUAUCGGAAUUAUUUGAAAGAGGAUUGAUAACACCAACAAGUACAUGGGCAUCCUUAUACCCAACAAUUUCUGCAGAUCGCCGUUUCGAAAAUAUGUUAUUAACAACUGGUUCAACAUCUCUUGAUUUAUUUAAAUUUUAUGUAGAAGAUUUAAAAAAUCAAUUUUACACUGAUAAAAAAAUUGUUAAAGAAAUUUUGGUUCAAAAAGAAAUUGUUUUGAAAGAUUCUGUGGCUUUUGAUCAUUUUCAACAAUGGAUUAGAGAACAUCCUAAAGGAAAGAAAAUUUCUACAAACAGUUUAAAAUUUUGUUAUUAUUCUUUGUGUGAUAAAGCUAUUGAAAAGGUGAAGGAAAGUGAACGGGAAAUGGAUAAAAAGGUUUGUGAAAAUUUCAAAAAAUUAAUUUUUAUGGGGUUUCUGGUGGUUAUUACAAGGGUAGGAAGUGACGAUAGCACCGCAACUUUUAGCUUUUGGAAUUGA